AUGACAACACCAAAUCUCGCUUUGCAGUUGGAUUUGGAUGUUGCUUUGGUUGGGAAUGGACACGUUGUUUGUGACGAAUGCCCUGUAGACCACGAGGCCCGGUCAUCGUACCUUGACUUUGCUAAGCAGGUAUAUGAUUUCUUAUGGAGUGCAUCUAUCCACAACUCCUUUUUAUUCUCCGAUGACAUCGUUAUUGAGGUCGCUCACCUUCCCCGAUCCAUUUGGGAUGCAAGGAUUGUUCGCGGCAACAACUAUGGUGGCUACACCGACGUGAUGAUCAACGUCGAGCAAUGCCCUGGUUGUUGUACUGGGUCACGUCAAUAUACAGAUAUAUUUCUGCCUUUGCAUGAAUUGGAAUUGGAUGGGGAAUCUACACAGCUAUAUGAGUGGACCGAUGAAGAGAUUGCACUGGGCGACUAUGGCAACUACGGCGACUCCAGAUUGGGCCAUUUCAAACGCCAUGGAAACAUAUUCGAAGAUAUACAGGAGCUUGGUAUCAAUCCCAGGGAUUUAGUUUAUCACCUAGUCAUCUCUCGUGUAUCCAGCCGUAAACGAGUGCGUGUUCGGCGUUGCGUGCAGGCUCAGCAUGACAUUGUGGAGUCGCCUCCUGUCGGCUUUGUCAUGGUCAAGGGCGCCACGGAAACUGUCACACCCUUGGCAUUACAUCAACCCAAGGCCCUCUCGCUUCCAGACAAUGAAGAAUUCAGGUUAUUGUUUGAAGCUUCAUCAGAGAGACAGGGAAUGACGGAAUCGCGGUCACGACCAGUCAGUGACAGGUUUAAACAGGUUUAA